CUCAGAGGCGGUCAAGUCGUGACCGGAGAUAUGGCAGUUUCUCGAAAUUGAGGGUCCGAACACCCUCGCGUGAUCUCACGUGUCAUUUCUGAGCUCAGCCCCAUGGAACAAUCAGGUGGAACACGGGCGGCCUCCCCCCUUGCGCGCUCUCACCCACCCGUUAUCGCUCGCCACCUCAACCACCAACUUCUCACUCGUUCUCCAUCGUAAUGGCGGCCACUGACGUUCUCUCGUCGUCGCCCAUGACGCCGGGCCAGCCUGCGCCCUGGUCGUCAUUUGAAGACUACAUCGAUCUGCCGUCGCCUUUGGCCACCCCUCGCCUAUCGAAUGCCUCUGUGACAGGCCCCCUAUUUGCCGUUGCACAGCAGCAACAACAACAGCAGCAGCAGCAGCAGCAAGCACCCGCGAAGCAGGCGAGUCAGGAAAAUGCGCCUCCCCCAGGCUCGUCGCCAGAAACGCUGUUUCGCUACUAUCUCGCAGCCGAACUGCGCCGCAUGGGUGCUUCUGCCGACGAAGCCAUUAUCGACAAGUAUGUCGCCCAGCAUUACAACAGCUUCACUCGCGCCGAGCGUCAGCAGGGUGCGUCGACCAACACUGCGUCGCCGUCGACGGCGGCCGCAUCGGCAAGCACCACUGCUGCGCCGUCCAGCGACAUCACCAUGACUCUUGCAGACCAACGUCAGCAGGUGUCGCCCUUCAAGGGAGACGGAUCAUUCGAUGGCGUGACGAGAAGCAGCGCCAGUCCCGCUGGCGACAUCAAUCCUCAUCUCGUCGAGCUCAGCAGCGUCCAUCAGCCAUUCACCGUCUCUCGCCUCUCUUCUUUCGGUCAAGCGGCUGCAUCGCCCAACAAGUCUAAUUCGAGCUACCGAAGCAACUCUGCGGAAGCCAAUGGCAUGUCAGAGGACGACGAGGAAGAGGUCGAGGAGGACGGUGAGGAGGAUGUGAAGCCCAAGACGGGCAAGUUCACUGCUUUUCGUCCCUCGCGCAUCGACAAGCCAUCACACGAAGAGGCACCUAUCCCUGGCAGCAUCAUGGGCCCCUCCAACGAGCUGAGGCCAGACCCUGAAGAGUAUCGCAAGCUCAGCAGCAAGGAAAAGCGUCAGCUGCGCAACAAGAUCUCGGCUCGAAACUUCAGGACGAGGAGAAAGGAGCACAUUUCCCACCUCGAGCAGCAGGUGGCUGAUCGCGAUGCUAUCAUCGAGGGGCUUCGACAGCAGCUCUCCCAAGUCACGGUGCAGAACAAGGAGCUCAACGAGGAGCGCUUCAAAAGGGUCUUUUCAACAACAACAACAAUAGCAUCAGCAGCAGCAGCAGCGGCGCUACUCCCGUUCAAGACGGACCAAUGGGCCCUCCUCCUCGCUCCUCGUCGUCUGCGUCUAUGAAUGAGCCCGUGUCGCGCUCCUCACGCCCUUCGACGCCCAACAUGAUCCCAUCGUCUCCCCGCCCCAUGUCGCCUCGUCCUUCGAUGGUCCGACGCCAAUCGCCGGCA